GACGAGAUGGAUUACUCCCGCGAUGAGAAGAUCACCCUCCGUGGAGGUCUCAGCCACAACGGUCGCCCUGUGGAGCUCGUCCGCGAGAAGGACGGAAAGGUCAUCCCCCUUGCUAUCGGCUCCGAGAACGCAUACAAGAAGCGCGCCUUGUCCGAGGAAGACAUUGACGACGACGAAGUCCUGCGCUCCAUGGCUCGCCGCAGGAAGUCCGACAAGCCCGGCGAUGUUCUGCACAUGUGCCGUGACUGCAAGAAGGAGUUUAAGCGCCCUUGCGACUUGACCAAGCAUGAGAAGACUCACUCUCGCCCAUGGAAGUGCUCCGAAGAGAAGUGCAAGUAUUUUGAGCUUGGCUGGCCUACUGAGAAGGAGCGCGACAGGCACGUCAACGACAAGCACUCGUCUGCGCCGGCGCAGUACAAGUGCCUUUACCCACCAUGCACAUACGCCUCCAAGCGUGAGUCGAACUGCAAGCAGCACAUGGAGAAGGCUCACGGCUGGGAAUACGUUCGAUCCAAGAGCAACGGCCGGAAGAAGAGCCAGGCAGUCAGCAACAGCCCUGCUACACCUCUUACUCCCUUCCUUGGUACACCACAGUCCACUGCUCUCACUACACCCAUUACACCCUUUAUGGCAUCUCCUUCGGUUCCUUUGAUCAACGACUUCGACCCCUAUGGUUUCGGGACUCCAGCGAUCAGCCUCCACAACUUCCAGGACGACUUCCGUCGUGACUCAAUCACCACCGAUGGUACACACCUCACAUACUCUUCCGGCAACUCACCCGUGGAGCCAAACUCCUUUGUAGAGGCUGCCGUGACUCCUGCUGAUGUCACUAUCGACCACACUGACGCUCUGUUCCCCAAUUGCGGAAUGGGAUCGAACUUCAAUAUGGGCUUCCAGCAGCACACCCCUGCUUUGAGCACCGACUUCAACUUCAACGAGCCUAUGUUUACCAUGGCGUCGAACCAGACUCUCGGUCUUCCUCAGUUGUCACCAAUGGCCCAGCCAGAUCUCACCUUGUUCUCUCCCCAGAUGCAGAUCGACGAGGGCUUUGGUGACGCCAUGGACACUUUGGACAUGCAGGCCUUCAGCCGUCCUACUGAAGACUUCACACUGUUCGACGCGGCGCCGGCUGGCAACAUGUCGAUGAACAACACUGCCAACUUCUUCCCUGACUUCAAUCAGCUCGGAGGGCAGUUCGGCAAUGGAGCUCAGCAAUUUGACAACACCUACUACAACGCCAACGCCUUGGAAACUACGUUGGACGAGAUGUUGGGCCUCAACAACAGCAACCAGCAGUAAAUGCCGGUCUGCAUUGUGUACGACGAUGGAUGUGCAUUUGAAUACCGAUCUUCCCCCACUUUGUUUUCAUAGGGCAACGAACACGAGUUUCGUUAUCACGACGCAUAGCGAGCACAAUGUACUUUACAAGAGAUGGAUUACGGAUACGGCAUGAUACACCCUCAGAACAGAAAAUCCAUAAAACAAAUGGCUUUUGGAUCUCUCGUCUCCCCAGCAUCGUAAUUGAUUGGAUCUCCCCCCUUCUUUCCUUUCGUGUGCGGAAGCAGGGUGUGGUUGAGAUCAUCAUAUAGUGUAGAAUAUAUACAACACAAAUAAAUUGUGGAGGAAAACGCGUC